GAAGGUCAUUUUUCUUGCUCCUACGCUUCUCCCUUCUUCUCCUUCAUUUCGUUAGGGUUUCAGCUGAUCUCCCAGCAUUCCCCGACCGUCAUCCUCCGCAAUGGUUUCCGCGAAGCAGCUACUCUCCACUAUCGAGUUCACUCUGAUGAUCGCGCCUUCGUCUCCAUCGCCUGCGCAGAGGAUGGAACUCCUCUCUGCCAUUCGCGCAUCUCUGCCUUCCUCCUCGGUUACCCGCCUCCGAAGCAGUACCGUGCCCAAGUUCAGUCCAAGGAAUUUCGGCUGCUGGAUUCACCACCAAUUUCACUAGAUGAUCAGGACGUGCAAAUUGCCUUGAAGUUGAGUGAUGAUCUCCAUCUGAAUGAGAUAGAUGCUGUUCAGUUGAUUGUAUCUGCCAACAAAGAGUGGUGUUUGAUGGGACGAGAGCCAUCAACUUUGCGGUGGACUUUGGUAUACUGAGAGACGAGAUCUACUAACAGCACUCUAUACACUGUUUACAGUAUCUCUCGUCUACUUCAAGUCAUUUUGGCAGCUCGAUGUGAUUCCGAAGCAACUAAGUUUCCAUGUCCUUUCUCUUUCCCAGGCUUUUGUUCUUGAUCAGGAUCUUCCAGCAAAACUUCUGUCAGAGAUUCAAAAGCAUUUGGAAGAUCUGAUCAAUGGUGGUCUUAGGCAGCGCCGCAGCGGAACUAAAUCGUGAAGAACCAGCUGGUUUAGGUGAACCUCGCAGUGAACCCUAUGUUCUUGAUUCUAGAGGCGCCCUUGUUGAGCGUCGAGCGGUUGUCUGUAGGGAGAGACUCGUGUUGGGACACUGCCUUGUCCUUUCAGUUCUGGCCAUUCGGACAGGUUCAAAAGACGCCAAGGAUAUCUUUCAGGUUUAUAAAGAUAGCGCUGCUGAACUUACGGAGGACAGUAGCACAUUGAAACGCCAGGUAGCAUCUCCGCCUCUCUGAUUUAGCCGUGGGAUAUCUUAACCUUGCGGGAAGAUAUGGGAGUAUUCCGAGCCUGUGCCAGUUCAUUCACUCGUCAUGGUGGCCUGAAAAUUCAUACAAUGUUGGAUCGGCGGAAUAUGGACUGCACUUGGUU